UGUGAUGGGAAUAUUUGUUAAGUCACAACUCUUUAAUUUUAAAAAUCUUAAACAUGCGAACUUCUUCCUCUCUGGUUCAGAACAUUUGAUAAAUAUUUGGGCCCCAGAUGAUUAAUUAAUGCCAUAUUGCUGGUAAUCAAAAUAUAAAAUUGAAUGGACCUAAUCUAAAAUAAAUUGUGUCAUCAUUCACCCAAAUAAAAACCUUAGUAUUAGUGGUGAUAAUGAAAAUGUGAAAUUUUGGUAAUUACAAGAUUAGUAUGUUUGCUAAUAGAUCAUAAAUGAACAUAAAAUGCCUAUAAUUGGUUUUUCAAAAAGCCCAGAUGGAAGAAAAAUAAUCAAUUAGAGCAGAUAAAAAUCUUUAUGUAAUGGCAGAUUCAGAAAAAGAAAUUUGGUAAAUCCUUUAGUAGAUUUAAUUUAAUGAAUAUCUACUUCGGAUUUGUUUUAUCACUAAUUAGAUUUUUACUUUUCAAAUCAUCUAAAUCACAUUCAGGAACUAAAAAUUUAUCGAUAUUCAAAGUGUAUAUGAAUUAAAAAUUUUAGAUUGCCAAAAAUAUAUCUUUAUAAGGAAAGGGUCAACAUGAUUUAGGGGAUUGCCAACCAAUUUAUGUUACUUCUAAGCAAAUAUUAAUGAUCAAAAAUGGUUAUUUCAUAAAUAUUAUAAGAUUUAUUCUAUAAAAUCCAAGGAUAAGAUGGGGAAUUCAACUAUUAGUUAGAAUAAUCAAUUAAUUUUGGUUAUGAUUGUGUAU